UUACCAAUGUCGCCUGCCGGCUAUGAGGGGCAGUGCCCUCUGGGUUGGGCUUGGGACGCUUUUGGGGGUGAAGGGUCCCCCAGCUAGGGCCCCAGGCCUGCGCGGGUCUCAUGCCACAGGACUGCGGCUGCGAAUUCGCCACCACUGAGGAACAGACGUUAGCUUUCUGCAGUGAAGUCGGGGGUCUGGGCCUCGGGCUCAGGCUUGGGGGACCAAGGAACCCCAUUUUCCAAUGGUACCCAGCUCUCGUCUCUCUUCUCCAUGGGGCAGCUCCCCCAUCCUGGACAAGGGGUGAGGCUAGGUCAGCAACAGGUGCUGCAAAGCCUCUGGGUCCAGCGGGCAGACCCCGAUCGAAAUAGGGGUGAUCGGCUCCCCACUCCACCCCCUCAAUUCAUAAAAUACCCCGGGGCUAGGGCAUCUGGCUACUAAGGUAAAGAUUAGGUAGGGAGGAGUCGGGGGCAGGCUCCUUCCACAGGGAGUGACCCUGGGCGCCCGCCUGUGCCUUCCCGCCUGCCUGUGCCUUCCCGCCGCGGCCCCACCUCCCGGCCAGCCAGUUGUCUGUGGGUGUCGGAGCCUCGGGCUGCGGAGAGCAGGCUGCUGGCCUGGCCUGCCCCAGUGUGUCGGUGUAGCGUGCUGCCAGGGCCUCUCCUGCCCAAGGUUGAGCUGCUGCCAGGCUGUGGCCCAGCCUUCAGUGGAGACCCCUGAGAGCCGUCCAGGGCUGCUGCCCGAGGCCAGAGGGAAUGCUGGCAGAUCUCUGGGUGGGCAGUGGUGCUCCCGAGCCAAGCUGGGAAGAUUGGCGUGCCCAGUCCCGGCCCAUCCCAGGGCCAUCGGAAGCUGCAAGCUGAUAUCCGUCCAGAUUUCCACGCAGCCUCCACCCGCUCAGAGAUCGGCUUUCCUGCUUGUGGUGGCAACUCACGGAGCACCCGCCAGUGCCUGACAAGGAGCUCGCUGCCUGUGCACGGACGUGCUCCCCCGAAUCCCUGGCCCUCUGAGGCACCGAGGCAUGGCGCCCUGACGCCUCGGCUUGGAACAGUUUCCCUGCCUCUGCCCUGGACUCCCGAGCCCAGAGCUCGGCCCCAGGGCCGGGAUGGGCCGUGAACAGGACCUGAUCCUUGCCGUCAAGAAUGGGGAUGUGACCGGCGUGCAGAAACUGGUGGCUAAGGUCAAGGCUGCAAAGACCAAGCUCCUUGGCUCCACGAAGAGGCUCAAUGUCAACUACCAGGAUGCAGAUGGCUUCUCCGCCCUGCACCAUGCGGCCUUGGGGGGCAGCCUGGAGCUCCUAGCCUUGCUGCUGGAGGCUCAGGCCACCGUGGACAUCAAGGACAGCAACGGUAUGCGCCCACUGCACUAUGCGGCCUGGCAGGGCCGGCUGGAGCCAGUGCGGCUGCUGCUGCGGGCCUCCGCGGCUGUGAAUGCCGCCUCGCUGGACGGGCAGAUCCCGCUGCACUUGGCUGCCCAGUAUGGGCACUACGAGGUGUCAGAAAUGCUCCUCCAGCACCAGUCCAACCCCUGCCUGGUCAACAAGGCCAAGAAGACGCCCCUGGAUCUGGCCUGUGAAUUUGGGCGGCUCAAGGUGGCCCAGCUGCUCCUGAACAGCCACUUAUGUGUGGCGCUGCUGGAGGGUGAAGCCAAGGACCCCUGUGACCCCAACUACACUACGCCGCUGCACCUGGCUGCCAAGAACGGCCACAGAGAGGUUAUUAGGCAGCUCCUGAGGGCUGGGAUUGAGAUCAACCGCCAGACCAAGACGGGCACGGCGCUGCAUGAGGCGGCACUGUAUGGCAAGACUGAGGUGGUGCGGCUGCUCCUGGAGGGAGGGGUGGACGUGAACAUCCGCAACACGUACAACCAGACGGCGCUGGACAUCGUCAAUCAGUUCACCACCUCGCAGGCCAGCCGCGAGAUCAAGCAGCUCCUGCGGGAGGCCUCCGGGAUCCUGAAGGUCCGAGCACUCAAGGAUUUCUGGAACCUCCACGACCCCACUGCCCUCAAUGUCCGGGCAGGGGACGUCAUCACGGUCCUGGAGCAACAUCCUGACGGCCGCUGGAAGGGCCACAUCCACGAGAGCCAGAGGGGCACAGACCGGGUGGGCUACUUUCCCCCGGGCAUCGUCGAGGUGGUCAGCAAGCGGGCGGGCAUCCCCGUGCCCCGUCUACCCUCGGCGCCCACCCCCCUGCGCCCAGGCUUCUCCAGGACACCGCAGCCCCCUGCCGACGACACCCUGCACCCUCUUGCUUGCAGGCAGCUCCCUCGGGCGGGCCUCGGCCCCGACAGCCCAGCAGGUGACAGGAACAGCGUGGGCAGUGAGGGCAGUGUGGGCAGCAUCCGCAGUGCCGGCAGUGGGCAGAGCUCCGAGGGCACCAAUGGCCACGGCCCAGGCCUCCUUAUCGAGAAUGCCCAGCCGCUGCCUUCCGCCGGAGAGGGCCAAGCGCUGCCAGGACUGUGUCCCCCGUCCCUGGCAGACCACCUGAGCCCCCACCUCUCUGGGGAGCCAAUCUUCAUGCAGGACGUGAGGCCCGAGCAGCUCCUAGAGGGGAAGGAUGCUCAGGCCAUCCAUAACUGGCUGAGUGAGUUCCAGCUGGAGAGCUAUACGGCCCACUUCCUGCAAGCCGGCUACGAUGUGCCAACCAUCAGCCGCAUGACGCCCGAGGACCUGACGGCCAUCGGGGUGACUAAGCCUGGGCACAGGAAGAAGAUCGCCUCAGAGAUUGCCCAGCUCAGCAUCGCCGAGUGGCUGCCCAACUACAUCCCGGCGGACUUGCUGGAGUGGCUGUGUGCGCUGGGGCUGCCGCAGUACCACAAGCAGCUGGUGAGCAGCGGCUACGACUCCAUGGGGCUGGUGGCCGACCUCACCUGGGAGGAGCUGCAGGAGGUCGGCGUCAACAAGCUCGGCCAUCAGAAGAAGCUCAUGCUGGGGGUGAAGCGGCUGGCCGAGCUCCGACGGGGUCUACUGCAGGGGGAUGCCCUGGGCGAAGGUGGGCGCCGGCUGGCCAGGGCCCCGGAGCUGAUGGCCAUUGAGGGGCUGGAGAACGGGGAUGGUCCGGCCACCGCCGGGCCACGGCUCCUCACCUUUCAGGGCAGUGAGCUGAGCCCGGAGCUCCAGGCGGCCAUGGCAGGGGGUGGCCCCGAGCCGCUCCCCCUGCCCCCGGCCCGCUCCCCCAGCCAGGAGAGCAUCGGAGCGCGCUCACGGGGGUCUGGCCACUCACAGGAACAGCCUGCUGCCCAGCCCGGCGGGGGAGACCCCAGUGGCCCACAGGAGAGGAACCUGCCGGAGGGCACAGAGAGGACCCCUAAGCUUUGUUCACCGCUGCCCGGCCAAGGGCCCCCCUCUUACAUUUUUAUGUACCCCCAGGGCUCGCCCUCCAGCCCAGCCCCUGGGCCGCCUCCUGGCACACCCCGGGCCUUCUCCUACUUGGCCGGCCCCCCUGCCGCCCCUCCGGACCCGCCUCGGCCCAAACGCAGGUCCCACAGCCUGAGCCGCCCCGGCCCCACCGAGGGGGAAGCGGAGGGCAAGGCCGACGGGCCCGUGGGCAGCGCCUUGGGCAGUUAUGCCACCCUGACCCGGAGGCCAGGCCGCAGCGCCCUGCCUCGAGCCAGCCCCAGUCCGGCCACCGCCCGAGGGGCUCCCCGCAGCCAGUCCUUCGCCCUGCGGGCCCGCCGCAAAGGCCCCCCGCCCCCGCCCCCCAAGCGCUUCAGCUCUGUGUCGGGGCCCAGUCCCGAGCCGGCCCCCCUGGACAGCAGCCCCGGGCCCAAGGAGGGGGCCGCGGCGCCCCGAAGGCGAACACUGAGCGAGCCCACCGGCCCCUCGGAGCCGCCCGGGCCCCCUGCCCCACCAGGCCCCACGUCGGACACAGAGGAGGAGCCGGGACCCGAGGGGGCGCCCCCUUCCCGGGGCAGCUCCGGAGAGGGGCUGCCGUUCGCCGAGGAGGGAAACCUGACCAUCAAGCAGCGGCCGAAGCCCGCUGGCCCCCCGCCUCGGGAGACGCUCUUGCCCCCUGGGCUCAAUUUCAACCUCACGGAGUCAGACACUGUAAAGCGCAGGCCCAAGUGCCGAGAGAGAGAGCCAUUGCAGACAGCGCUUCUGGCCUUCGGGGUGGCCAGUGCCUCAGCCCCCCUGCCCUCCCAGACCCCCGGUGAGGGCCCCUCAGCUUCUCCCAGCUCUCCCCAUCCUGACCUGCCGGCUCAAGGAGCUCCAGCUGCUCCUGCUCCCAGCCCCGUCUCCGUGGCCCCUGCACCCCCCUGCCCGGCAUCGGGGCUGGAGAUGUCAGCAGGCAGUCACAGGAAUGGGGAGACAGAGCCCCCGGCUACCCCUGCUGCCCUCAUCAAGGUGUCCAGAGCAGGGACGGCCCCCAAGCCAGUGUCGGUGGCCUGCACACAGCUGGCAUUCUCUGGCCCAAAGCUGGCACCCCGGCUCGGCCCCCGCCCGGUGCCCCCGCCAAGGCCCGAGAGCUCCGGGGCUGUGGGCACAGGCCGGGCCCAGCACAGACUGGAGCAGACAAGCUCCUCCCUGGCUGCUGUGCUGAGGGCUGCGGAGAAGAGCAUCAGUGCCGAGGAGCGAGAGAGCCCCCCCAGCAACUCGGCCAAGCACAUCCUGGAUGACAUCAGCACCAUGUUUGAUGCUCUGGCUGACCAGCUGGACGCCAUGCUGGACUGAACGAGAGCCACCCAGGACCCUCUGGCAUUGCCUGUCUUCACCCGCACGUCCACUGCCUCUGCCCGGGGAUGGAAGAGGCUCCGGCCAGCAGGGCCCCUUCCUGCUCCACCAGCAGCUGUCAGCGCUGCAGCCCCCACCGUGGGGCCGAGGGGACUUGUUGGGACCUGACCGGCCGCGGGGCCUUGGCAGCAUCUUGGCAUCCCACCCCACCCCAUGCAGGGUGUAAUCUGACUAGGUGGCCUUGCCCCUGCACAGGGAGGCAGGGGUGGUGGAGAGGCUUCUGGGGGGCCUCCUCUGCCCCUCACCCUAGGUGUUGGUAUGCCUCUUGCCACCUGCUGGGCUACCCUAGUGUUCUGGGAGACUGGAGGGCAGUGUGGCCUCGCCGGGCCUCCCGCUGCCCCAUGUCCCCCAUGGCAGGUGUGCCCAGGACAUGUAAAUAAGUGGCAGGGACGUGCCCUCAGGUGGCAGUGCCCAGGCCAGCCCCUGGCCCUGAAGUCUGCCCCUAAAGUCUCCCCCUGGGUGGCAAGGCUGGUGGCAGUGGGAGGCAGGGGGAUUAAUAGAUCCCUUCACUCAGAAGUCCAAACUCUUUCAAUUGUAAAUGUUAUUUUUUAAGCAGAGAGAAACGCAUAUAUUUUAAAUGGAAUUUACUGUCUCUUAACAGCCUGGGAGGAUGCGUGGGGUUGGGCCUCCCUCCAGGCUAGCAGCCUGCCCCAGCCAGCCCAGCGUGACUCUGUAACCAUUAACCUCUCCCCCAACUAACGCCAAUGAAAGUGUCAUUCCACGUGG